UGUGAGCGCGUCCGGUGUCGUCCCGACCAUGCCUGAGCCAGCCAAGUCGGCCCCGGCCCCGAAGAAGGGCUCGAAGAAGGCGGUGACCAAGGCGCAGAAGAAGGACGGCAAGAAGCGCAAGCGCAGCCGCAAGGAGAGCUACUCGGUGUACGUGUACAAGGUGCUGAAGCAGGUGCACCCCGACACCGGCAUCUCGUCCAAGGCCAUGGGCAUCAUGAACUCGUUCGUGAACGACAUCUUCGAGCGCAUCGCGGGCGAGGCGUCGCGCCUGGCGCAUUACAACAAGCGUUCGACCAUCACGUCCCGGGAGAUCCAGACGGCCGUGCGCCUGCUGCUGCCCGGGGAGUUGGCCAAGCACGCCGUGUCCGAGGGCACCAAGGCCGUCACCAAGUACACCAGCUCCAAGUAAAUUCGCUUUUCCCAGAAAGACCGGAUUCUCCAGACCCUUGCCCCAAAGGCUCUUUUUAGAGCCAUCCACGCUUUCUUAAAAAAGAGCUUGUUCGCUGUUAGCUUUGUUUAAUGUAGAAUUGGGCGUUGUAUCUCUUAGAAGUAAAUAAUUUGUGAGAAAC